AUGCCAAAGUUGCAGAAGCGUUAUAUUCACACGGACGGAUUUGUGCACAUGUCUCGGGAUCAGGAAGGUGAAGGUGAAGGUGAAGGUGAAGGUGAAGGUGAAGGUGAAGGUGAAGGUGAAGGUGAAGGUGAAGGUGAAGGUGAAGGUGAAGGUGAAGGUGAAGGUGAAGGUGAAGGUGAAGGUGAAGGUGAAGGUGAAGGUGAAGGUGAAGGUGAAGGUGAAGGUGAAGGUGAAGGUGAAGGUGAAGGUGAAGGUGAAGGUGAAGGUGAAGGUGAAGGUGAAGGUGAAGGUGAAGGUGAAGGUGAAGGUGAAGGUGAAGGUGAAGGUGAAGGUGAAGGUGAAGGUGAAGGUGAAGGUGAAGGUGAAGGUGAAGGUGAAGGUGAAGGUGAAGGUGAAGGUGAAGGUGAAGGUGAAGGUGAAGGUGAAGGUGAAGGUGAAGGUGAAGGUGAAGGUGAAGGUGAAGGUGAAGGUGAAGGUGAAGGUGAAGGUGAAGGUGAAGGUGAAGGUGAAGGUGAAGGUGAAGGUGAAGGUGAAGGUGAAGGUGAAGGUGAAGGUGAAGGUGAAGGUGAAGGUGAAGGUGAAGGUGAAGGUGAAGGUGAAGGUGAAGGUGAAGGUGAAGGUGAAGGUGAAGGUGAAGGUGAAGGUGAAGGUGAAGGUGAAGGUGAAGGUGAAGGUGAAGGUGAAGGUGAAGGUGAAGGUGAAGGUGAAGGUGAAGGUGAAGGUGAAGGUGAAGGUGAAGGUGAAGGUGAAGGUGAAGGUGAAGGUGAAGGUGAAGGUGAAGGUGAAGGUGAAGGUGAAGGUGAAGGUGAAGGUGAAGGUGAAGGUGAAGGUGAAGGUGAAGGUGAAGGUGAAGGUGAAGGUGAAGGUGAAGGUGAAGGUGAAGGUGAAGGUGAAGGUGAAGGUGAAGGUGAAGGUGAAGGUGAAGGUGAAGGUGAAGGUGAAGGUGAAGGUGAAGGUGAAGGUGAAGGUGAAGGUGAAGGUGAAGGUGAAGGUGAAGGUGAAGGUGAAGGUGAAGGUGAAGGUGAAGGUGAAGGUGAAGGUGAAGGUGAAGGUGAAGGUGAAGGUGAAGGUGAAGGUGAA